UUCAUUAGUGAUUCAGGUGGAUAUCUCUCAUCUUAAGACUUUAAAAUUGACUGUUGGCCUAGUUGCAGGCAGUUAAAUGCAGUUGAAUUUAAGCUGGCUGUUGUAUUACUGAGCCAGGAGUCUGUUGAAAGGCUAUUUUUUAUAGCAGAUUAACUUAAUCACUUAGAUAUGGCCUCAGUGACCUGUCCUUAUACUGUAGCUGCUCUGAACGGAGAGCAUCCACAGUGCAGAUUGUUUAAAGACAACGUUUCUCUGCAUUGACCGUAAUUUUCUGCAUUUCCAAGCUGUCACAUCAUCGCCAAACGCUGGGAAACUGCUUCAGCACCUUUUUAAUGAAAUGCACUGCAACCAUCACAUGGUUUUACCCAGGGCUUUAUCAUUUCCUGCUCUAAAGUAAGAAGGACGGGCAGUCCAGCAGUUGCUACUGUUUGAUGCUCAGAAGGCUAAUGUAUGACCCAAUCAAAGGUCAAUUAAAUUACAUAUUGGUACUGCUCACUUGAGGUGUAAGAUUAGAAAAACGCACAUUUACAGUUGAUAAUAAAGUCACACUGAACCACUUACUCAAUUUGUGUAUUUUCAUAAAAAUUCUGAGUACAGAGGUGUUUAUUGUGCAAAACGGUGCUGCUGGCCAGUGACCUUAGGUUGUAGGUGGAUGAAGGACAGCAGCAAAGUGUCCAAUCAUCAAAACAGAGGGCAGGACUUGGUAGUAGAGGACCUGCGUCAUUAACUUUAAUGUUGAGGAAAAAUGGCUCCCAGUAAAGGCAUUACCACCAAGACUCCAUUCCUGUCCCAGCAGUGUUUUUGUCCUCUCACUCUUUCAGCGUUGCCCUCUCCCACCCUCUGCUGCCUUGCUGUGUUGUCUCUCUUACACUCUCCAAAUAUUAACAGUGUCAUUUGAAUGUCACAUUACUGGGAAGUUGUGAUGAUGUCAGCUGCUCUGUCUUUAUCCGUCAAUGUCUUCUUGGUGGAAGAAAAUGCCGACUGGAGACAUUGAGGUUUUUUUUUUCUCUAUAUUUUUCUUUGUGCAAAUGUUCUGAUAAAAAGGAAAGGAGUCAUCCUGGUUUAGGACCACCUCAGAACAAAGCUUAUACUGUGAGAUCCAGUUAGACACACAUUCUCUUUUAAGCUCUUUGUUUUAUGGAUUACUGACAGGAAUGACUCACUGCCACUUUGCUUUGUUGAUGGUGAUCUUUUAUUUGCAUCUCUAACAAACAAACAAGUUGAGUCACUUGUGAGUCAGCCCACUGCUUGGUUUUACAUUUGCCUCACCACCAGGAAGCAAACUUAUCUUGCUGUGUAUGUUGCUACGGAGAUAUUUAGAGAAAACAGGCUUGCCAACCAAACAGACUCGCUCACUCAAGGAAAGCAUUUGUGAAGCGCAGGGGCAUAAAGCCACUUAAGGUUCCCGCACCUUUUCUCAAUGCUGUACUUUUGUUUCGUCACUUUGGCUGCAGCUGCUCUGUAUGCAUGCCCCCCAAGCCCUUUGUGUUUGUGACCCGGCUGACCUGGUAUUCCCACUAUGGCCCCUCCAGACACUGCCGUGAACAGCAGUGUGCAGUGAAUGGAAAAACCUGAAAGUCUACACAAACUGCAAUAAUCGUAACCAUUAAAGGCUUUCUGUUAUUCUAGCUGCUGGGUGGCUGCUUAUGCUUUCAUUUCUGUUGAUGUCGACGUUAAGAUACUGCAUUGCGUUUCCCAUUCCAGUGUUAUCAGUGAAAGUGUCACUGAGAUAGUAGUCUCCUUAGAUCGACAAAGAACAGUCUCUCCCAUCUGUCAGUCCCAAAGACAAACAAAUUCAACUUCCUCAGAAUCCUCAGUGCUCUGCUCUUUUUCAGUGCUUGGUGGAGAUAUUUGAGCAUGUGAUCUCUCACAGAAGUGACAGCACUGUUUAACAAUGUUCCUGACCGUAUACCUCAGUAACAAUGAUCAGCAUUUUACUGAGGUUCCCGUUACUCCAGAGACGCUGUGCCGAGAUGUGGUCGAUUUGUGCAAGGAACCGGGGGAGACGGACUGCCACCUGUCAGAGAUGUGGCGUGGAUCUGAGCGAGCUGUAGGUGAGGGGGAGAGAAUGCUGGAUGUGCUGCAAAGAUGGGGACAACACAGGCCAGAAGUGCGCUUCUUUCUGCGCCACAACCGAGCUCCUAGUAAGGAAGCAGGAGGAUCAAGAAGCGGUGAGCCAAAGAGAAAUGGGGUGAAGGGUCCCACUGACAGAAGAAUGGAGAAUGGGGUGGUAGCGCCCAGGAUGGAUAUGACCCUGGCUGAGUUGCAAGAGAUGGCUGCCAGACAACAGCAGCAAAUAGAAGCUCAACAGCAGCUCCUUGCUUCAAAGGAGCAGCGACUGCGCUACUUGAAACAACAGGAGCAGCGUCAGCAGCAACAGGCCUCCGAGCAGGAGAAGCUGCAGCGCCUCAGAGAGAACAUUGAGAAUCAGGAAGCUCGUCUCAAGAAGGUCCGGGCCCUCAAGGGUCAAGUGGAGCAGAAACGCCUUAGCAAUGGCAAACUAGUGGAGGAGAUAGAGCAAAUGAACAACCUGUUCCAACAGAAGCAGAGAGAACUAGUGAUGGCUGCAUCCAAGGUAGAGGAGCUUAGCCGACAGCUUGAUUUGCUCAAAAAUGGUAAAAUGGAAAGCUUCAAUGACAACCAGAGUUCUGUGGCUGAACUAGACCGCCUUUACAAAGAGCUACAGUUAAGAAACAGACUCAACCAGGAUCAGAAUUCUAAGUUGCAGCAACAGAGAGAAAAUCUGAACAAGCGCAACCUGGAGGUUGCUGCUAUGGACAAAAGGAUCAACGAGCUCAGAGACAGACUAUGGAAGAAGAAGGCAGCACUGCAGAAGGAAAAUGUGCCUCCUCAGAUGCCGUGGCAUUCAGAGCUCACCAAUAAUGGCUAUCCUGGUAAAGAGAGGGCUUCAAAAGACGCUCAUCUUCAGAUGCCUUCUGAUGGCCCAGCUGGACAGCAGUCGGGCACAUCUCGUGUGGCAGCAGUUGGCCCGUAUAUCCAGUCGUCCACCAUGCCCCGGGGCUCAGGGAGACUUGACCUGCUUGUAAAGCCAACCUACCCAGACAGCACUGCCACUCUUCCAGCUCACGACCCACAAAGCAAGACCACUACAGCAGGAACAAGAGAGUCCGGGAUGCCUGGUUGUGAUGUCACUCUAACCUCUGAAGGUGUUCAACCAUCCAAGCUGGCAGACUGGACUUCUGCAGGUCCGGAAUCCAAAACGAACAGCCGUGGUUCGUCGUCAACUCUGCCACGAAUGACCUCACACUCCAACUCUAACAUCGAGCAAGAUGACACAGAGCAGAAGAAGGACAAGAGGGGCCGUCCGUUGUCCAUGUUUGAGUCAACUGAGGCUCCCACCACCUCCCUCCGCAAAAACCAGAGCAGUGACAAUUUAGUCAGGGAUGCUCAGUCUGCUCCAAAGGCUCCGGUCAAGGUACCUCCUCCUGUGCCCAGCAAACCAAAAGGCCCUGGUGUGCCUUAUGGCAAACUAGGCCUCAACACAGGCACCUUCCCUAAAGCCAAGCCCCACAGCCAACAACCCCAGACAGCCCAAGGCCGCAGCCCUGUCCCGGCUUUACAGAGCCAUACACUCCCUCUGCCCUCCAAGCAGGAAGCUCCACCAGCAGCUACGGUACGACCCUUCACCCCAGAGCUGCCCUCCUCCAAAGAAGCCAACCUGACUAAACCUCAGACUGUAGCGGCAAGCUCCAUUUACUCCAUGUACACACAGCAGCCUGGUUCAGGGAAGCCUUUCCAGCCUGGCGUGCAGGGUGCUCACAACAGGGCCCAAACCCGUACAAAUGGAUUUGUCAGUAUGUAUGGUAAACCAGUGUUCCCCAGUGGAGGCUCCCCACACCCAGAGAACCCCUACCUGGAACGCCGUUCCCCUGCCCUCGAGUAUGAGGUUGACCACAACGGAGCCAACAACGGUCCAAGCCCACAGCCUGAAACAGAGCGCAUCCCUCGGCCCCUUAGUCCCACCAAGCUGCUUCCAUUCAGUGCCCCACACAACGCCCCCAGGCCCCUGAAGAAACGCAGCUCCAUCACCGAACCAGAAGGUCCCACAGGCCCUAACAUUCAGAAGCUCCUUUAUCAGAAGACCACGUUGGCAGCUAUGGAGACUACUGUGACUACACCAACCACUCCCACCUAUGUUGGCGCAGCAGAGGGGCCAUUAGGGCAACAUGGCGGUCACAGCCCACUCAGUGGUCCUGAAUGGCCUGAGAACAACACACCAGAAACGGGACCGAGUCUGGACAGAGGAUCACUUCCCCCUCACAUUCCAGGUCCUAAUGUGUCCACUCCUGCCCCCGCUGAACAGACCAAACCACCUUUAGCUAUCCCAGAGAGCGAGGAGUUUAUCCUUCCUCCUCCACCAUCCCACCCACCCCCCAAGCCAGCUUUCCCACCACCACCCCCUGCUGCCUUAGGGGAGCCCGACCUGCCCCCUCCACCUCCGGAGGGUUUCCUUGAGGAGUUCCCACCAUACCCACCACCCCCAUACCCCAGUGGGGCAGAGCAGGACAGUUUGGCAGAAGACACCUCUAACAUGAAGGCACCUGAGAUCACUGGCCAGGUCACUCUGCCACCGGGCAAGAGGACCAACUUGCGAAAGGUUGGGUCUGAACGCAUCGAUCACGGCAUGAGAGUGAAAUUCAACCCACUGGCUCUGCUGCUGGACUCGUCUCUGGAGGGAGAAUAUGACCUCGUCCAGAGAAUCAUCUAUGAAGUGGAGGAUCCCAGUCAGCCCAACGAUGAAGGCAUCACUGCGCUGCAUAAUGCUGUCUGCGCAGGUCAUACAGAGAUCGUCAAGUUUCUGGUUCAGUUUGGAGUCAAUGUAAAUGCUGCCGACAGCGACGGCUGGACGCCUCUACACUGCGCCGCUUCCUGCAACAACGUGCAGGUGUGCAAGUUCCUUGUGGAGUCUGGUGCGGCAGUGUUCGCUAUGACCUACAGCGACAUGCAAACAGCAGCUGACAAAUGUGAAGAGAUGGAGGAGGGCUAUACCCAGUGCUCCCAGUUCCUCUAUGGUGUGCAAGAGAAGAUGGGUAUCAUGAACAGGGGUGUGGUGUACGCUCUAUGGGACUACACAGGUGAAAACCCUGAUGAAUUGUCAUUCUGCGAGGGAGACUGCAUGACCAUCAUCCGCCGGGAAGAUGAAGAUGAAAUCGAAUGGUGGUGGGCACGCAUGGGUGACACUGAGGGUUACAUUCCACGCAACCUCCUAGGGCUGUACCCCAGAAUAAAGCCAAGACAGAGGACCCUGGCAUGAAAACACAAAGAUCCCUGUACAUUCCAAUCUGCCAGAUCUCUUCAAAAACACACACCAGCACACGCAAAGGCUGGAGAUGUGACGGCUGCUCCCCUCACGAAGAGACAAGAUCAGACCAAACAAAAUGAAGGAUAAACCAUGAACUCUCUCUGGCACUUUUCUGUAUCUACAGCAGUAGAAGUAUCUGGGUUUCAAGCCACACUGUGUACUCUGUAAAUUGCUUUUCCUUAUUCUGUUGUCUUUUUCUCGUUUUUGUAAUUAUUGUCUGAAACAGUUUCUAAAGUGACAGAAUAGGAUGGAAUGGAGCGAGCAGUAUUUUUGUCUAGAAAGUUAUUUUUACAAAUCUUAAUAGCCCCAUAGAACAUACUCACUUGGCUACUGGAUCUUUACUAAACCACAAGGAUCUCUGCAUUGUCUGAGGUGAAUGAACGUGAUGGUGCUUUUGAGACUCAUGACAAUCUUGGGGAGUGCUUGGAUAACCACACAGAUGUUGCCACCAUAGCUCUGGCUGGAAAAAAAAAAUACAGUUAAACUUUUUUUUUUAUUGAUUUGUUGCUGUUCAGUCUGUGGUCUAUGAGACACAAAAAGCCAGUCAGCGUUCCUGCACUGGCACAUGGUAGCGAUGUAUAGAAGCUGUGUAUGCUAGUAGUCCUGUCGCAAAAACUAGUGAAAUGUUACUGUAGCAGUGAUGUAUGCUGGAUAAAUGACUGUCAAACUCCUUAAGAAACCCUCUGGUUAGGAAUAUGUCAUUAUCAAAAAAUGCUCAUAUUGUAUGCAGCCAUUCCAUGACAAUACAGCAAUCUUGGACUGCAGUCCCAAUAAGAGUCAAUAGCGGUCACUAAGCUAUGAUGACCUGAUCUCAACACUAAGAACAGUUUCUACUGUAGGUCACGUCUUAAAGCAAAUGAACCCAAUUCAUUGCAAACCUCUUAAUGCAAAGGUAUUUAUUUUUGUAACUUUUUCUUUAGACCUUUUGUCAGAACUAUAACCACAAGUGUAUUGUAGUAUAACAUACAUUUACAAUAAAACACUUCAUACUAAAUCUC